AUGUCAUAUAAUAAGAUAAUAGAUUCUGAUAAUGAUAAUAAUAAUAAUGACGAUGAUGAUUCUAAUGAAGAUAGAGAUGAAGCUUUAAUAAGCAAUAAUAAUAAUAAUAAUAGUAAUAAUUUUAUAGAUGAUAUCGAAUCGGAUGAAUCAGUAUACAAUUCUGAUGAUUCACAUGAUGAUGGUGAUGAUCACCAAUCUAGUUUCUCGAGAUCGACAUCUUCUCUUAAUAAAAGUUUAAAAGCAAUCAAACAAAUAAGAUCAAAUAAUAUAAAUAAUAAUAAUAAUAGCAUAUCUACAGCAUCCUCCUCGACAAACAACAGCAAUAGUAAUAAUAGUAUCAACAAUAAUAAUAAUAACAAUAUCAAUCAAGAACUAAUAUUACAACAACAGAAAAAGAAGAUAUUAUAUACACUUUGGUUCGUAGAUCCAGAAUGGACAGACGAGCAAUUACCAUCGGAAGAGGAAUUAGAUAAUGAAGAGUAUUAUAAUCAAUAUGUUUCAUCUAGAAGAAAAAGUAAGAUAUAUGAAAAGUACUAUUACUUUGUUCAAUUUCUUGAUGAGAUUACCGUUGAUGAGUAUUCAGUUUCUAAGCAGAUCAAAGCCAAGACAGUCAAAGCUAUCGCCUCUACACAUUCACAAUACAAGACAACCGAAUGCAAAGCUAUUAAUUUCCAAGCAGAUAAAGAAUCACAAUGGCAAAGACUAUGUUUCAGUCCUGACAAUUCAAUAAUGGCAUUCUCAACGAGUGGAUGUACAAUCUAUAUCAUAUCGAUUCAAGGCGAAAACACUGUUAACAUUUUAUCGCCAAGUAUGUUAGGAUUGAAUCCAAAAGAUGGAAUAGUAGAUCUUGCAAUUAGAUACUCAAUUUGUUUACUAUCGAAUCAAAGAUCUCUAGUUAAAUGUUUUGAAUUGUUGGUGAUGGGAUAUGAUAUGAUAUUAAGAAGAUUCCACAUACCGAUGUUGAAUCAAGAGUUUACGGUUCAUCCGGUGAACAACUCGCAAGACUCGGUGUUGAGUGACGGUUGUAAUCCAGCGACAUUACCAAUCGAUAUGAAAGGAAUACAUCAUGAGGUUGGUUGCAUGGACUAUUGUCAGGCCACCGAUAUCUUGGCGAUCGGUGGUAACAGGAAAUCAAAGAAAUCGAAAGGAGGCAGUUCUAUCAAGCCAUUCGUAUCGUUCUGGAAGUUAUCCGAUGAGGAGCCCUAUUUCCGUUUGUUAAACAAACCAUCUGUAACCGGUGUUGAUUUCGAUACUUCUGUUGAUGGAACAACUGGUAGCGGUAGCAGUAGCAGCGGCAGUGGAAUGUCAAAUUCUGUAUCUGUAUCUGAACAAAUUAACUUACAUAAUCAACAGCAACAACAACAGAAACAUAAUAUUAGUUUCUCAAACGAUGGAUCACAGAUUCUAGGAUUGGAUCUAAAUGGAACUAUCUAUCUAUGGAAUACUCCUUUGUCGACAGCAGCUCUCGCUUCAUCGACUAGCGGUAGCGGUAACCAGUCGAAUGUUAAACCAAUUAAAAUAUGGACAACCGAAACACUUUCCAAGAGAAUAUGGGAGCGAUCAUCUUCUGCACCUUCAAGUGUUACUUCCAAAAAUGUUGUCGAUAUUUCAUGGUGGUCUAACGAUCAGAUUAUUGCAGCGAAUAGAUGUGGUGAAUUUGUUAUAUUCUCAAUGUUGACGAGUGAGAAUUGUUUGCUACACGAUCCAGAGACAGUGUCAUCUACGCAACCACCUAUUCUAACACGUUCACACAAUGGAAGAUUCUUUAUUUUAGAGACUAGUGGAUCGAUUCACAAGAAGCCGUCGUUCUUUGCUCUGUCACAGGAGUAUCUCCACGAGAAGAUAGGACGUCCUUCAGUUGCAGCCUACAAAUAUAUCUAUAGGUAUUUCUAUGGUGAUCAUCCAGAUGAUCAGGAUCCAUUCGAUUACAAUAUUCAACGUAUUGAAGGUAAUCAAAAUAUAAACGGCAACAACAACAACAGUAACAACAACAACAGUCAAUUGAGAUUGAAUGAUCAAGAUAAUAAUACCCAACAGAUUGAACGUAGAAUCAUUAGAUUCCAAUCGACAACACCAGAACAACUGUUCAAAGCUAAAGUCGCUCAGAAGGAAUAUAACAAUGCCAUUAUUAUCGCUGAGCAUUAUGGUUUGGAUAAAGACUUGGUUCAUCAAAAGCGAUGGUCGAAAUCACAGGUAUCAAGCGAUACUAUCAAGUCAUAUCUAUCGAAAGUACAAGAUCUCAAUUGGAUACUAUGGGAGUGUCAUAAUAGAAUACCAUUGAAUUUCGAAUCCACCAAACUCCUACUUGAAUACGCAUUAGAGAAAUCCAGUAAAAUCAUCAAUGAAAAUUCAUCUAUUGAAUCUUUAAAGGAACAUAAAGAUUUAAUUGUUCAUAGAAAUAUUAUUGUAAAUUACUUGAAUCGAUUGAUUGUUUAUAAAGAGAUCUAUGGUACUUCAUUUGAUGCUUUAGAUUUCUUGAGAUUCAGAGGAUGUAAUCUUGUGUUGGCAGCGAUGGAGUAUGCAAACUCUGAACACUUCAAAGCUAUCGAGGUGUUGUUUACCUAUUACAGUAGAUUUAUAUUGCCAUAUCGCUUGCAGAUUCUAUCGAUGAUUCCAGAGACGACCGAUCCGGCACAAUAUGAAAAGUUGCUACCGGAUUCCAACAACUAUUGGACACCAAAGAAAUCGUUUGAACAGGAUUGGUGUCAGAGUGCUUCCAUCUACAAGAAUGUAUUGGAGGGUUUCGACUAUGAGAAGCAUACCGAUAGCAACUAUCUCAAGGAGAUGUUGGUCAACUCGUUGAAAUCAGACUACGAGGAUAUCAGAGGAACCGAUAAAGUCAACGAUAUCUAUGCGAUGGAUUACGUACAGCUGCCAUUCGACGAGACAACUUUGAUUACUUCACUGCCAAGCGGUGUGCUGACAACCGAAGAUAUUGCCAAGUGGUAUAGCGAGCGAGCGUUGGAAAUCGAUAGGAAAUCAGGUCAGAUUGACAAUGCAUUGUCACUCAUCACCAUUGGUAUUAAAGAGAAGGAGGUGACCGAUCAGUCACUGGACGAAUUGAAUCGUUUGAUUCAACAGGUAUCAAUUAUCAUCUAUGAUACCAAUGCCGAUAUCUCGUUGGAUCGAUAUCAAACGUUGUCACCACAAAACAAACUAGCGUUGCUCUUGAAUGAUUCCAAUAGUCAUACCAUCUACAAUAAUAUUCGCAAUCGUUUGGAUACUUUCAAAGAGUUGUAUCCUCCAGCGGACUUCGAUGAUCUACUGGAGAAUUACUUUGUCGACAAAGCAAAGCACAAUCAUAUUGGACUGGUGAGAUACUACAUCACGACUUUGAAGCAAAACAAACCGGAUCAAUGUGGUUCUGCAUCGACUCUAUCUAUUGCACUCAACAGUAUUGCCAAUGUCCAGUUGAUCAACGGCGAUUCACUCUCUCACAUGGAAGCAAUCAUAGCGGAUCUACCCGAGCGUUCUGUUGUCGGUGGAUUGUCGCCAGCCACCCAGAGACUAUUGAACUUACGCUCCGAUUACUCGCGCUAUAUUCGCGCCAAUAAGAUACUGCUUAAAUACAAUGCAACCAAAUCGAUUUCCUUUUUCCAAGAUACCAAAGAGCGUUCCGAUGAAGUUGCUUUGUCGCUUCUCCAAGAGCUAUGUCGCCACGCCAAGAAAUCGCAAUGGAAGAAUGCAAACUAUCGAUCGAUGUUUAGCGACUUUAACGAUAUCAAACAAAUUGUAUUUUACUCUGUGGAUUCAACUGUUCUCUAUUGUCAGAUUGUAAAGUUUGCUCUGGCCGAAGGUAAAUUUUCUUUGGCGCGUGAGUAUUUCGAUGGCUGUGGACCGGAUAAAGUGGAGCAGCUGGUUGUUGCCGCUGCUAAAGAGCUCUAUAACUCUGCAUCGAGUUAUAACUCACCGAAUAUGGCAGAGGCACAGUUAUGUUUGGAACUCAUUAAACCACCAACUCAAAGGAUUGUUCGUGAGCUCAAUCUUCUGAAGGCAACCGAGAUCAUGACCAACAAGUUCCACUACUCCAAGAUUCCACUUCAAAUUCGUUUGAUUCUUGAUAAAGGUUUGAGUAAAACAUCACCAAGAGUUGGGCAACAACAGCAGCAGCAACAACAAUCUUCAACUCAUUCACUAGAUAUUGGACAAGAGGAAUCGUUGUUUGGAGAGAAUCAAGGUAAAUUUGAAUUGAUACAAUCUUUGAUCGAUAGUUGUCAGAAUGCCUAUCAGGAUGUCGAAGAGAUUCUACACUUGUCAGCAUUACUCUGCGAUUGGGUCGAUCGUGAUUUGAGUAAGGAUGUUGAUACCACCGAUCUUUUUAUAGAUGACCAUAUCAUUGUGGAGGUAAUGCUAGCAAGAAAAGCUAUUCAGCUAUCAGACUUCUCAGUGGCAUUCCGUAUCUGUAAGAUGCUCAUGUCCGAACCGAAAAAGAAUAUUCCCUCAAAGUACAAAGAGAUCUAUCGAGUGUGUUCAAGCUUAGCAUUGGACGGACACUUUAGUCAUUUGGAACCGCGUCUGGAGUUGCUCUCCUAUUGUCUUGUCUACUGUGACCAAGACGAUCUUACAAGAUUCCUCGAAGCCUACCAAGAACUGGAGUUACGCUCCAACAUUUUAGAGAGUUCACAACGAUUCCAGUCGGUUGCAGACAACAGUCUGAUCUCGCAAUUAAAGUCGUCGGUCGAUGAAAAUGGUGAACAAACUAGCGUCUAUGAUAAGUUAAUGCGCAACGAAAAUGAACUUGCCAAAUACAUCAAACAGUUGGCAAGUGAACAACCAUCGGAAAUUAGAUUGGAACCACCAUUCUCUGAAUCGCUUGAAUCAAUUACAACUUUGAUUAACCGUAUCGAUUGUGAUGACAAAGAUGACGACGACGACAAUGACGAAGCAUCAGACAGACUCUACCAACAACAGAACGAGUUGAUGUUCCAUCUUUCACAAUUGAUCCAGUUCAUUGGAUCAUCAAAUCACAAUACUCAAGAUGACAACUUGAAUGUUGUUCGUUUUGAAUCAACCCAAGAGAUAUUGCUUUUACUCUCAAAGUAUGCUAUUCAUCAUGGAUUCCUCAAGAAUGCACUCUCCUAUUAUCUGUCGGUUGCUGAUCAGUCUCAUGUUGACAGAGUGUUUGGCUGCCUGGUGGAAAGCUCUCAAUCGAAUCCACAGUAUCAGACGAGUCUGGAGCGUGUUAUUCGGCUGGCUUGCUACUACUAUUCGUUGCGCUUGCUUUCAGCUGUUGCCGCUCGAGACACAAGUACCACUCCCAACUCUAUAUGCUCGUUGUUCAAUAUUUCAGUCGCCAGUGUAAUUGAGUCUGCAUUUGGUUUGGCAUCGUUACCCGGUGAAGACAGUGACAGUGCUACCAAAGACCUAGUUUCGAACGUCCAAAAGUAUCACAAGAUGCUUCUCGACUCUAUUCAAGCCAAGGAGUUCUCAGAGGUCAACUACAAUGUCGAUUUCAACAGAUUCAAAGAGGAUCCCGUUUAUAAACGCGAUACUAUAUUCCAAUUCGCAAUGACAAACGACGCCAAGUCUUUCCAGACUGCAUUGUCAAUGGCGAGUCGAUAUGGUAUUACAAGAGAAGAGGUUCUAGAGAAACAUGUACAUUGGAAGAUUAUCGAAGAUCGAUCCGGUUUCACCAAUACAUUGCUCACCAACGAGGACAUUUCGAGCUUGUCUGCUAUUAAACAUCAUCUGAUACAGCACAUUUUCGACAAGAUCGAUGGAUGUGACUAUGAACGUCUAUUACUCUUCAAUGAACUACUCGGUAGAUUUGACACUGGAGAUCAAAAGUAUCAGGUUGCCAAUAGAAACAAAAAGAAGUUGUUGACACUGUUGAAAUCACCAAAGAACACAAUCAACAAGAUCUACAAACCACUCAACUUUAAGUUGUUAAUCGAGAACACAUCGUAUGAUCCAUAUGUAGACGGAUUGAAAUCACUUCUAAGUGAAGAGAAUAUUGCAUUCUGUUGUAAUCUUAUUAAUAUUCUUCAGAAUAUAAGAAGUGAUGUCGAUUUGAUACAGAAUUACACUGUUAGCAAGAUGUAUCGUCAACUCAUAAACAACAUCAUUCAACACGAAGAAGCUGAUACAGACAUUGUCUCGGUUGUACUAAAGUAUCGUAAGCAACUGGAUGAUGUCGAUCUCGUCGAAGUCUAUGAGAUGAUUGCCUACGGUGACUAUUCAAAUCGUUUGACAAUGGAAGAGCGUAUCGAUGCACUCAAACAAGUCACCAACACUGAUCAAGUUACAGAUAAUCCAGAGUUACUCGCCAAACUUCAGCAACUGCUCAGCCAUUUGGAGGUUAUCAAUAAGCUACAACAUCUCGAGCCAAAGAUCAAUCUCUCGUCUUUGAAUAUCAUUGAAAACUACAAGAAUGCACUCAUUGAAGCGUUCAAAUACAGCUUGGAUAUCAAGAGUGUCAACAGCAAACAACUCGACACGAUCAUACCGACAUUGAUUCAAAAGAAUCUGGAGAUUACACCGAGUCAAUGCGAACAAGUCUAUCAGAUUAUCAAGGGAAGCACUGAUGUCUCUGAUACCAUCGCUUCUCUAUUGAAAUACUACCAAACAUCGAUCUCCAACCUUCUCGAACAACUCGGACAAUCGAAUGACCAUAUUCAACAGUUGGUACUCUCAGAAUCGAUCAAGAGAAUCAUUGACAACUUCAAAGCUGGAACCAAAUGGCAUUCCGAACAAAAGAUAUUCCUUGAGGAACUGAGAGAGUUUGCCUAUGACACCAACCAGCCAAUGGAGUGUAGAAUACUCAUUUUCGAGAUACUCAAAUCUACACCAACACUCUACGACCGUUCUCAUCAAGAUUGGAUGGAGCAAGAUCUCAUCCAAGUGAAGCAACACAAAACAAAGGAGAUCAUCAAGGAAACAUGGAAGAGUGCAGAUGUUACAUUCAAGGAGAUGGAGAUUACCACGCCCGAAUCAGCUAUUCCACUAUUCAACAAGUUGAUUAGCAACAGUGAUACAUUCCAACAUGUUUCAUACCUGUCGGAUCUUCUGGCGAUGUGGAGCAACGCACAAAAGAGUGAUGCGGAAUCCUCUGAUACCAGCAUCCAUGUUUUACAUAACUGUUGGCUCAAGUUGUUCUUGGCAUUCAUCCCCUUCUUUGAGGGAAACAAUAAGGCUGUAAAUCAAUUCUUGCGCAUUCGUCUCGAUCAAAUCAAGCAAUAUCCAAUGGAAAAGUCAGAGGAAUUGGAGAUCUUGGAGAAACUAAAUAACACCCACAACAUUAUCUACUAUAAAUUUGGUAUACUUUCCAACUAUAGAGGAAUCCAAGUUUCAACAGUAAACGAUCUGCUUACGUUCACUAAGAAUACUUUUGUUAUUAAGACUGCCAUCGAUUCAUCGGCAAUCUCUUAUUGUCCACAUCACCAUACACCAGAGUGUCACAACGAUCUCGACCAAUUCAUUCAAAAUAACCAACAGCUAUUCCAAAUUAUAUACUCAAGUGGAUUCACCUAUAUGUUUGUAGACACACCACUCUACGAUACAUUGGUCAAUCUUAUUACGCUAUACAACAACAACUUUAAUAAUCCAGCUCAAUUGGAAAAUCUAUUGGUACCAGCACAGAUGACGAAAGUUUUAAUAACGAUAUUAUAG